CAUGACAGCACAUACAAACAUGACUUAUCAAGCAAAAAAACAUUCGUAAUGUUGCCAGUGAGGAUGAGAGAACUUAUAAAAUUCAUUUGGGCGAUAUUUUUGACGUAUUGUAACAUUUUUGUUGUGUUCUGCUAUCGUAAAUUUGGAUCCCGUGAAAAUAGACGUUUGCUAAGAAAACGCAUAGUUCACAAGAUCGAAAGAAUAUGGAAGAUUAUAUCUUAUCAGAUAAACGAGACAUGGCUAAAAAUAUUUGGAGGAACAUCAAGAAGACCAUCAAACCAGGAGCUAGGAACAUUUCUAUAUGAUGUUCUUGAUAAAUUCGAAAUAUGGUGGAAAUCAAGAUCUCGUUACAUGGAUCCAUACAUUGAAUUCGAAGAAUGGAUGAUAGCGAGCGUGUUCGGGCGAAAUAUCGUCAACGUAAAAUAUACAGGUAGCUUUCGAGAAACUAUCGUAUCGAUGCAUUACGGGGAGACGUCAUCCGACAUUGACAUGAUGUACAUCUAUCGUGAUUUUGAAGUCCGCGAAAACACGUUAAACACAACUCACAUACAGCUGGUUAGUUCACAAUCGCCUGGGUAUGUACUAUUAAAAGGAAACUGUACAACGGAACAGUUGGUUAAUGUUUACAAUCGCAUAGCUAAGAAGGGAGAAUUCUCUUCGUCUCUACAUGUUUCGAAGUUGAUGGAAUUUUUCUCAAAAGAGGUUCUGUACAAAUUUAGCCAAGGGUCGAGUGAUUAUUAUGUAAGGUCUGAUAAUUUCCGACACAUGCAUGAAUUAUUCAAUCGGGAACGUUUCUCAGGUUGGAUGAAGUUUAAACAACAAGGACCAGCCAGUACAAUCGUGUGGAACAUCGCGGGACUUCCUAAACGGCAAAUGCUUGGUGAAAUUGACAUUGUAUUUUCACUUCAUUGUCCUGAUUGGCCGUCACAAGCCAAUGAGUGGCUCAAAAGGCGUCGUAACUACAAGCAACCAACCAAAGCAAUCAUUUUAAAGAUUGAAGCAUAUGGUGUAGAUAUUGUUCCAAAAAGCAGUAAAAUCGAUCGACCAAGGUCCACCUGGUGUUUGAUCAAGAGCAUGUUAUCGUCAUCGUCAGCAGAUGAAAUCGCAGAAGGUCUGGAAUUAGAGUGGAGGCUCUCCUUCUCUGUAGCUGAAAUGUUAUUAAUACAACAAUGGAAUCCGGUACAAAAGUCCUGCUUCAGGGCAAUGAAAACAUUACGUAACGAUUACCUUUCGAAAUAUGGCGUCAAAAGCUACGCAUUGAAGAACAUCAUGUUAUAUAUGGUUGAAGAACACGAUGAGAAGUUUUGGGUAGAAAAUAAAUUUAUUACCAUAAUGGAUGAAUUUUUUUCGCGCUUGAUCGCCUGUUGCGACAGUUCGACAUGCAAGCAUUACUUCGUAAGGCGACACAAUCUUUUCUUUUCAGAAGACCAUCACGACUUGAAACGAAUUUCCAACGUGUGCCGGUCACUCCUAAGUAAUUGGCACAAAACAAUAUAUCUCUCCGACGGCUUAUGGUUUAAAAUUAAAGAAUUUAAAUGCGAAACAUAUUUCAAAUGUUUAUCAUUUGUUGACAAGAAGGAAGCAAUAUGGUACCACAAUAACGAGAAGAAAAUUCGCGAGAGCGAUAUUAAGAGAUACACUGGAUCGUGCAAGAUAUAUUACAGUCACAAAGUCCAAAAAGAAGUAAUGAGGUUUGUCACCGCUUCGAUCAACAGUCCCAACACCAAUCUCGCCGUAGUCAUGUCCGCCCUUAUGAAUUAUAUUCGAAGUAAGCCAGAACCUCAGAAAUUAACAAUAGAUCAGCAAAUCAUAUACAGUCACGUGUGUUGGGCGUAUCUGAAAUGUGUGAGAUACAUUUCCAAACAAAUUGAAGAUAAACAAUCACAAAUCCCAACGAAAACUUUAGAAACAACUCGCCGCGAUGCAACUAAGUGGCAGGAGUUAGCCGACAGAAUUACAAGCGAUUAUUUAACCGGUAGCCGAAUCGAUAGAAGCAUAGUGGGAGCAGACCUAUUCUUGCGCGGCAAAAUACAGGAGUCGAGUGAAAUACUCGAAAAUGCGGGUGAUAUUUCAGGAAUCGAAGAGUUUUAUGAUGAAACCCAAGCGCCAGUAAUUCUCUGUGCAUUCGAUGCGGAUUGUUUCGGACCUCUUGCUGGUUUUCAAUUCAAAGCGACACCGUACUAUUGCCCGGUCAGUUUAAUCAAAGCAUUAGUUGAAAUUUCAAAACACAACAAACACAGCGAAGGAAUCCAGCACUUAUUGAAUCAAGCGUCUCGUCUUUGGUUGGACUUUCCAGUGGAUUUAAGUCAGCAUCGACUCUACUAUACCGUGUUCACAGUGCUAAGCAAAUAUUUACAUGCACACAUCGAAAAAAAAUUGGAAAACAAGUGACCAUGUUUGAAAACUUUAUUCCAAGCGUCUUUGCCUUUUGAUGAACUUGACGGCGACGAAAAGACCUUGGAACAGGCUGGUGACAUGAUUGCAAAAUGUUUUACAUUACGAUAACAAAAUAAUUUAUGCGGAAUGUCAAAAUUAGGAAAGUCCAUUCAGGACAAACUUAUUUCCAUGGUGGCAUUUUUCGCUCUACAUAUCUGUUACCACAUACAAAAUAAAUAUUCAACUUUUGUGAGUCUACUACUAACUCAGAUCAAACUACCCAAACUUUCGCUGUUUAACUUCGUUUGAAUUUCAGAGUUUCUUUUUUCUUUAUUAUAUUAUAUUAACACAUAUUGUAUAAAAAACUUUAAUUAAGCAGCUGAUAUAUUUAUUUCUAACUUGUUGAAAUUUGUUUA